UGUGCCGCACACACUAAUAACAGCAGUGCAGACAGGGAUAUAGGAGAGACUUUAGUACAGUAAAGUGUUGAGUCGUGUUGUAUUUUCUUUGCUCUGUUUAUUUUAUACUUGUUGUAAAAUUGCGUGGCGCAGUGGGACCGCAUCAGACGCUCUACUUUUUGCUGUUGUUGUUGUUAUUGAGUGAAUCAGGCGCUGCGGGUGAGUUAGGCGCUCCGUGUUUAUCUGCUGCGUGUGUGUUUUCCUGCAGCUGAAUAAAGUCAGAAUAAACGCAGAGAUGGCGUGCAUUAAUGCUUUCAUAGCCACUGUGUUGCUUCUGAUUGUGUAUCGAGUGGAGGAGAUAGCAGAAGCAUGCAGCUGCUCCCCCGUCCAUCCUCAACAGGCUUUCUGCAAUUCCGACAUCGUGAUCAGAGCAAAGGUGGUAGGAGGAAGGGAGGUGGAUUCUGGGAAUGAUAUUUAUGGCAACCCCAUCAAAAGGAUUCAGUAUGACAUCAAGCAGAUCAAGAUGUUUAAAGGACCAGACCAUCACAUUGACAUGAUCUUUACUGCACCUUCUUCAGCUGUAUGUGGAGUCACCAUGGACACCAAUGGAAAGAAGGAGUACCUUAUCUCAGGUAAGGCAGAUGGCAAUGGGAAAAUGCACGUGACCCUGUGUGAUCUCAUCAUGCCUUGGGAAUCCAUGAGUGCCACCCAGAAAAAGAGCCUGAGCCAGCGUUACCAGAUGGGCUGCGACUGCAAGAUUACCCGCUGUGCAGCCCUGCCAUGCGAGGUUGGCAGUCUAGAAGAGUGCUUGUGGACAGACUGGGUGACAGAGAAGCUUAUCCAUGGACGCCAGUCUGACCACUAUGCCUGCAUCAAGAGAGGAGAUGGUUCUUGUGCCUGGUAUCGCGGAAGUGCUCCACCCAAGAAAGAGUUCCUGGACAAUGAGGACCCAUAAUCAAGUCCCUGAACAAUCUGAUCUGAAGUUCAUUAAAAUGCCAUUUAAUUAAAUCCUACAUAGAUCAGAAAAACAAAACUAUACCAAAUUGAAGUGUUUACCUAUAGAUUAGUUUACAGUCUUUAUUAGAUAUUAGAACUUAGGUCAGUGAAACUGCUUAUGUUGUAGGUACUCCUCUUAGGUUUGCACUCUGUACAUCACCAUUAUAUGAUGGACAAUCAUAAUUUAUGAGAUUUUUUGCCCCAAACGCACUUCAUUAUUUUUUGUUCCUGAAAUUACAGACAAUGAAUCUAAGAUCAUUUUAUGUUUUCUCAUAUAUUCUGUAUUUUGUUAUACCCUUUAUAAAAACUGCCCUUUUUUUUUCCUUUUUUGGUCAAGUCAAAAAAAUGGUGAGGCAGGACUUCCCAAAAAGUUCAAACAUCGACUGAGAUCAACUUGAAAAGUAUUAAAACAGGCAGAUCAAUGGGUUUAAAAAAAAAGAAGUUUAACUGCUUACCAAAUUCCAAAAUGUGCAAAGGUUUUUUCAUUCCACUAAAUUAGAUCCUCUUUGCUUUUAAUCUGUACAUCAGGGUGAACUUUAAGCCCUUGUUAGGUAAAAAUGAAUAAUACAGCUACAUUUUUAAAAAUAAUUCAACAUUGCUUAAUAGUUUUAAUUUUAGUUCCUUCCUGACUUGGUGUAUUUUAUUGUGUUAUAUACAGGGGUGAGCUCAUGUAUGUAUUAAGCACUUGUUAUAACCUAGUCUUUUCAUACCUUUAUCCAUUUUAAGCCAUGUUCUUCCUAAAAAUGUAUGCAUUUGUGUUCUGUAUUUAAUGUUAGACGUUUGCCUUUAAAGUAUUUUCGCUAAAUAUUUUUCAAUUAUUAUUGAACUUUUAUUGCACUUUUGUGGGAAUGUCUACCAUUUGGACUUCCCUAUUUUGCCGUAACAUUGUUUAAUGCUUUUUGUCCUAAUUUUGCAAUGGUUUGUGACAUUGCUGUAAAGGUUAGGAUAGCUGAGGUUUGACAGGAAUUUUCUAAGGUAUUUUUGCUGUAGUAUGGCAUCACCUGUUCUGCGUAUUGUUUAGUUGUUGAUGUGCCACUAGCACACUUUUCAUGGGACUCACCACAAGUGAUGGGCCUGUGCAAGACUUUUGUUGCCAUGGUGAUGGACUGAUUAUUAAGAACACACAAACACAUUUCUACAGCAUACAAAUUAUUUUGCACUGGAAACAGUGCAGAGAACAAAGGCAGGAUUCUUUUUUCUGUUUUAUCAAUAAACACCAUUUAUCAGCAUUCUGGAGAGAAAGACUGAAUUAUGUUUUCGCAGCUGUUUUCUUAUUGGGCACUGCUGAAGCAUGUGACAGGCAGAACAAGGUGUGAGUUGCUAGGCAUUUUGACAGGGUGAACCAUUUGCCACAAUGCAGUCAGAUUGUGAGAAGGAGGGAGGGAAGGAAGAGUGUACAACUGUGGAAUGGAAGAAUACAAUCAUUUAGUUUUUGGUGGGUUAGGAUGUUUAAUAACGGGGAUAUCACGGUUUCUUUUACUUUCAUUAUUGUCAUUUGUGUAUUUGUUCUUUUUAAUGCUGUAUGACAUUAAAACAACAAUAGUGUGCCAAACAGAAGUAGCAUUAAUAAUACUUAAAUUGAUCCAUAUUUUAUUUUAACCUAAAUAAUAUUUUUUACGACUAACAGUGUUGAAGAAACAGCCUACAGUUUUAUAGAAGAUCUGUGCUUUAAUCUAACCCUUUUAUUACUAAUUCCUUGCCUUUAUACCUUUUUCUAUUUUGCCAUUAACAAGCUUGGCCAGUUAUGUAUACUUAAGUCAAUCUAAUUCCUGGAUACCAUUGACAAUGUUUAUUAUGCAUUAUGCUAUAUCUGUGUAAUGGCUUUGUAUUAAAUGUAAUGGGAUAUUAAUGGCAUAAUUUAAGUGUACAUUCAAGUGUACAAGUCUACAUUUUUGCUGUGUCAUUAUUCUAUAUAGUGUUAUUUUUUUUCCAAGUCUUUGUCUUUUGUUGAAGAUAGCACAUGAGAGAGAAGUGGUAUGAUAAGAACCGGACUAUGCAUGUUUUUGAUGCUAUGUGUAAUUUCCAAAGUGGAUGUUUACCUAAUAUACAGUAUUAUCAAAUAAAAAUGUUAAAGAUUA